AGUCGCCAGUCACCGUUCACCAACCAUCAGCACAGCUGCACUUUAGCAGUCGCACAAGUCCAACAGAGACCAACACAGACUCCCACAGAGAGAGAGAUGGCGUGGUGUGCGGCAAGGACCUACCACAUGCCGGCGGUUGACAUGGGGGCAUUGCGCACCCGAGCUCCGUUAGCCGCCGGCGCGGGCUUUGCCUCGGUCGCUGGCUCCACUUUCUGGCGAUCCUUGGCUUCAUCGAAGCCCUCCUCUCGCUUCGCUUGCUUAGCCAUUUCCACCGACGCUCGAAUUAAGGAAGCUGUCCACACUGAAAAGGCUCCCGCUGCAUUGGGACCGUAUUCUCAGGCAAUCAAAGCCAACAACUUUGUCUAUGUGUCGGGUUGUCUUGGUCUGAUUCCCGAGACCGGAAAGUUUGUAUCCGAUGAUGUUGAAGAUCAGACAGAGCAGGUUCUAAAAAAUAUGGGGGAAAUACUGAAAGCAAGCGGGGCCAGCUAUUCCUCUGUGGUUAAAACGACUAUUCUGUUGGCUGAUUUGAAAGACUUCAAGAAAGUCAAUGAAAUCUAUGCUAAAUAUUUUCCAUCUCCAGCCCCAGCGCGUUCAACAUUUCAGGUAGCGGCACUGCCACUGGAUGCCAAGAUUGAAAUUGAGUGCAUUGCAGCGCUGUAACGUCGUAACCUACAGCUUUUUCUCAGCAACUUAGAUAAUAAUGUAGGAGGUGACAUCUUUCAGUGUUGGGUUUCACUUUUUCCUCAAUGGCCUCAUGCACGUUGUUGUUGUUGUAACAUCGGUUUUUGUAUUCUAAAACCUAAAGAGCGAGACCAAUGACGUUAUUGAAAUGGAACUUUCCUUCCUUUA